AUGGACUCCAUAUACUGCGGCGGUCUGGAGAGCUGCAACAAGCUCUGGUGGCUGCUCGUUCACUUCGCUGCGACCUGGGGGCCCCAAUUCGAGGGCGAGAUGGACCGCUUCCACACCACGGAUGAUGGCUACUACAAGGACCGCCGCAAUGCCAUGCAUUUGAAGUUCCACGGGGAAGCGGAGGCGGUGCUCCCAGGGUCAUCUCGCUGGGGCGUAUUCACACCGGCCGCGGUCGUGCGUCUUUUGGCACCAGCCUGGUGGCGCAGAGUCGGCUUCAGCCAGGACGUGUCGCACCGCUUUUUGGAGUGUUGGCUGUACACGCAAUUUCCACUCCGAGGCCAGAUUUUCGAGGACGUCGUGGAGAUUCUGCACUGCUUUUGCGAGAUGGUCCAUUGCUCUGACUACGUUGCCGCGGUGCCUGGUGAGAUCCGGACGUUCCAAGACCUGAUGGAUGCCCGAGCGUCCAUGGUGAGGCGCCUUUGGCAGCUGAAGCAAGAGCAAUGGGAGCUUCGACGGCGCAUGGCCGGUGCCCACCUUGCAUGCAACUUCUUUGAGUUUGUGACGUCGAAUUUGGACGACUCACAGCUCACGAGCCUGAUUAAGAGCAGUUCCGAGCAAAAUGAGCGUCUUUCCUUUCCGAGCUCCUCCCCGCCUCCUGCUGCCCUGUCCUCGCCCCCCUCCUUCCACUCAGGUCUGGUCUUCUUUGGUGGCCGUGAUCUCGGCCUGGGUUCGUAA